AUGGGGCGCAUUCUUCGGGUUUCAAAUUCGGAAAGGGCUAUUAUCAGCAGUUUACAUAUUUCACUGGCAUGUGCUGCUCACUAUAAGCACCGCCAUAGAGCGCUUGCACAAUCGCCAACUAUAACGUCGUCAACUGUAACCAGUGGAGUCGCGGUUGCCAAUCCCACAAACUCUGGUUCCAGUGUUCCUAUUGAGAUCGGAAUCGACGGCCCUAUAGGCAUUGUUGAGAUAGGCUCACCCGGACAAACAAUUGACGUCCAGUUUGACACCACCUUCGAUGGGGUGCUGGUUCGAUCUGCCCGUGAGGAUACCACUGACACGGAUAACAGCCUUGUAUACAAUAGUAGUGACUCCGAGUCAUGGAGUUAUUAUAUUCCCGGUUCCAGCCCUGAGAAUACAUACACGCAGACGCUUGAGGAUGAUGCUUAUGCUAUAGCGCUUGCUGGCAUAGAAACAUUCGAUAUUGGCGGCAAACUCUAUUCGAAUAUGGCAUUCAGCCAAUUUGAACAAUAUUAUCAGAAUACUAGUGGACAGGCUAUUCCCUUUGGCGGGACCAGCGGGAGUAUUGGCCUCAACUACAACUCGAUGUAG